CGCAGAAUUUACCUCCAACGCCGUCUUCAUUCUACUACUCUCUCUUUACCUUCCCUUCUUGCUGAUGGACCCUCUUUUAAUCCUGACUCUCUCAUUGACUUCUUGACAACGACUGAUUUACUCCACAAACUCUGAUGAUGAUACCUUAUGCACUCCCCUCAACCCUUUCUAGCUCAGUCUCUUGCUGCCCUUUACCCUUUCACCAUCCACUGCUCCGCUGUUAUCCGUAACCUAUUACUCAUUCACUUCCCUUUUGCCACCUGAUGCCCUCCCUUCCUGCCCUGCAGCGCUGUAUAGCCCUUGUGGCUUAGCGCUUCUUUUUUUUGAUUAUAAUAAUAAUUUGUUUAAUAUAUUUUAAAUUAUUUUUACUGGCCAGUUAAACCACUUUCAAACAAAAACAAGAUAUUACGGUUAUUUCAGUUGUUCACAGGUAGGGCUUGAUCAUUAAGGAUACUGAUUGAGUAUGUAUUACAGGUGAGGUGUUAGUGAUGGCUGGAAAUGUAGAGAGACCAGAGUAUCUGGUAAACCAGAGCAGCCACACCUGCCUGACGGUGGUGAGAGGCACAGGCCCUGCUGACGCCGUGCUGGCCAUGGCCAAAAGCACGGGCAGCGUUAAGCAGCAGUGGUAUGUACAAGGUGGGCAGUGGCAGUGGGCAGGUGACCGUGCUUACUGCCUGGUGCCUAACGGGAAUGGCAGCUUGGGUCUGGCUCCCUCCUCUACCUCGAGGGUCGUAUGGACGCUAGAUAAGUUCGACAGGAUGGUUGCAGGUUCACUGGCGCUGGACGUGCCGUGGGAGAACCCCAGGACCCGUGUUAUUAUGUAUCCCAAACACGAUCAUAUCAACCAGAAAUGGUGGACAUUGUCAGGGCUCAAGACGUGCCUGGGGGCUACGUCCAACACAGACUGCUGCCUCCCGCAACACAUCACACAGGUCUGCCAGCGCGAGAUUGACCAAUGGAGAGAUUGUCACUGUCAAGGUGGGUCAAAUAAUCCAUCUCAAAACUAAACCUACCAUAUUGGGAAUCAAAACUAGAUGACGUUUCGGUCCGUGCUGGAUAUGCCAUUAAUAACAGUCCAGGACAAACUGAAACGUCGUCCAGUUUUAAUUUCCAGUUUGCAGAUAGCGGAUUCUUCCAGUCACAGGGUUGUGACUCAUUGUUCAAGAUAUCUACAUAAAAGUGUCGACCCUUUAGCAUUUACCGCUUAAUUUGAUUAUAUCAUUAUUAUAAUUACACAAAUGUCAGAACUUUGCAACUGCAUGAACUCCUCACAAUUACAAUUUUUAAGGUAUAUUAAUUGUUUAGUGGUUAAAAUUUAUUACCAGUAAAAAGUAAGCCAAAGCAGAUGUAUUAAUUCCUUGAGUGGAGGAGAGUUUGCUUCUAUAUUCUGUGUCGCUUUAACUUUAAUUAAAAGUGGUAAAAUCUUAUGACAUGUUUAUAUAGUAACAGUAAUACUAAUAAAUAUUACUCUAAACCAAGCGAUAAAUCAGUAUUAUUUAGUACGCAGUAAUCGUUGCUCUUGCUGCUGCUGACAAGGUUGUGAUCCAUAGAGCUGGAGCUACCUUACCUUCUCCUUCCUUGGAUCAAAUUUAUUCCCCUCCCAUUUCUCAUAUGCUGUACGACACCUACGACUCUAGAGCUACCCAUUAA